AUGGCCGCGGCCGCCGUGCUCGCCGGCGCGCAGUCGCGGCACGCCAUCUUCCGCGAGGAGCUCGUGAGGAGAGCCUACUACACGGCCGAUGAGGCCCACCGCGGGCACUCGAGCCAGCCCGCGGCUACAGCACACAACUACUUGAGGAUGUCGAUAAGAGUGGCUACUGAAGCAGCCCCCGCCGGCGCCACUAGGCUGCUUGCUGCUCGCGCCGUCUCCGUGCGCGCCAUAGCUGCACAUCCCGCCGUCCUGCUCGGGACGCUGAGAAUAUCCGCGAUACCAAGCAAGGGAGACAAAGAUAAUGGAUGGAGUAAGAAGAAGAAAAAUUUGCAAGAAAGCCCCUCGCCCCCGGAUCGGAUCCGCCCCACGGCCGACAGGGCCGCCCCGCGCCAGCCACCCCCGCGCCUCCUCCGCUCCCCUGCCCCUCCUCUCCACCGACCGGCUCCUCCUAGCACCCGGCCACACCCACCCCCGCGCCUCCUCCGCUCCCCUGCCCCUCCUCUCCACCGACCGGCUCCUCCUAGCACCCGGACACAGCCCCGCCGGCCCUCGACCGGGGCUCCGGCUACGACCCAUCCCUCCUCCGCGGGGUCUCCUACAAGGUGGAGGACAGCGACGCCAACAACCCCGUCCGCGUCGUUCAGCGUCGACGAGCCCUCCGUGCUCCACGGCUUCAACAAGACCACCGCAACGAUACCGCCUACAUCUCGCAGGUUUGCCUGCACGAGAUUGAUUUGUCCUCCCUGCUCCAAAAUUGAGGAACUGGCCGAUCCGCCUCCACGCCUCCCAGGCAUCCGGUUCUUGCUUCCUUUGCCAGGGGGAGAUCUGCUGACUAGAGGAACAGAUUUGAAGAUACGCUACUGGGACCAGGCCAGGCCUGAGCAAAGCUUUUGUAUUGCUGGUCCUUCAGCGAAAGGUAUUGGAAACGACGAGUGUUAUGAUAUACGGUCGAGCUACGGAGUACAGGUUGUGCAGGAAUCGUGCAAACCGUCCACACCGGCGUCUAGGUUGACGCACAAGACGCAGCUUGCCAUGGUCGCUGCCGAUUCCGCCGGUUGCCACCGGGACGCGAUCCUCGCCCUAGCAUCCGUCAACUUGUCGAGCCAGCGGUUGAUAUCGGCCAACAGAGACGGCGCAGUCAAGGUGCGGAAAUAGCUUCUCCGGCCCGGUUAGGGAGGGGUAAGCUGUCGCCGUCCCACGAUGGCAAACAGAGGGCCCCUUGGUGUACAUACGCCUUAUUAUGACACAGUAUAUAUCACGACUCACUGCUGUACAGAUGGUUAAUCAAUACAAAACUGGAGCUUGCCAUGUAUCUAUCCUGUGGUAAUUUGGGUUAAGCGUAGUAACCAGUUGUUUGUUGAUAGCAUAUCUUACAAGAUCACCAUUCAUUUAGGAUUUGGCAUCAGAUUAACAUAACAUGAAAAGAUGGAUGAUUCCUGAUGCAGUUA